CGUAGGUAUGAUAAUGAUAUGAUUCGUAUCGUAUUGAUUGUAAAGGAGUGAAUAAUACUAGCGGUUUGUUUGUAAAUAAUAUACUUACAAAGUAAUUCUAAUGGUUAUCAAUUUGACUUGGCGUGAAAUUGCUAUUCUGGUAUUCGUGUGCUGUACUUGGCUGCACGUUGGAUAUUUAAGCUGGAAAUUGUCUACAAAGUUGUCCAGCAAUGCCGUUAACCGCUGAUGUUGCGGCACAACAAGUGCAGGAGCGACUUAGAGCAUUGCAUAGGCUCAUAUAUGAAAUUGAGGCUGAAAGGGGCCGCAAUGAACAAUGCAUAGAGUCCAUAUUAAAGGCAGAAAAAGCAGCUGAGUCCCCACCAUCAAAUGAGGAUUCUUCCGGAUCAUCCCAACAGCAAAUGCAACUGAAAAGCUUGUACAAAGCGGGACUUGCAGCAGCCGAACAAGAGGAAAGGGUGCUCCGCGCGGCUCUCAAUCGGAUAUACGAAAUUCGAAGUAUUAAGAAUGAGAGGCGCAUACAGGCACGGCACGCCGGCAACAAGGAAACAAUCGGGUGCGGGGCGCUCAUGAAGAUGCUGCUGUCGGCCGCGGCCACGUUGCCGCUGCACGUGGGGCGCGGCGGCGAGCGCGCGCCGGCGCUGUGCGGCGCCGUGCCCGCCGACCCCGGCCACGUGGCGCGCGCCGGCGACGCCGUGGCCGCGCUGGUGCGCGUCUCCGACAAGGAGGAGAACUGGAUCCUGGCUGAGGUAGUAAGCUGGCUGCCGGCGCAAGGCAAGUACGAGGUGGACGACAUCGACGAGGAGCAGAAGAACCGGCACGUGCUGAGCAAGCGGCGCGUCGUGCCACUACCCCUGAUGCGGGCCGACCCGCGCACCGAUGAACAUGCCCUGUUUCCCAAGGGCGCCGUGGUGAUGGCGCUGUACCCGCAGACGACGUGUUUCUACCGCGCCGUCGUCAACCGCCUGCCCGCCUCCGCCGCCGACCCCUACGAGGUCUUGUUUGAAGACUCGUCGUACGCGGACGGGUACUCGCCGCCGGAGCGCGUGGCGCAGCGCUACGUGAUCGCCAUCAAGGAGGGCAAGGGCCGCGCCACCUGACCCGCGCCCGCCGCGCCCGGCGCCGCCGCCGCCGCGCCGCGCCCCGCCGGCGCCCUGCUGUAGCUGUAGCUACAGACACCGCAUUAUGAAGCGUUCCAGGUCACCACACAUAGGUGCAGUUUUACUUGUGAAAUGCUACGAUUCAGCACUAUAGACCGUGUCAUUCACGACGACGCGUACCCUGGCUUGUAAUGUCAUGUUAUUCAAAUUUAGAUUUGACAAAUCUGCGCGUCAUUGUGGCAGACACGAACCUACAUUUUUACAUUUAAUUCUACACCAUUUUACAAGCUUUUAUUUAGUUUCACCUGUUCCGUUGUCUGUCUGCCGGUCUGUAAUCAAAUCUUGCAAAUUAAAUUUGAUCCACUUCCCGGUUUCCGAUUGAGCUGAAAAUAUACACAUAUAUAUAUAUAUAUACAUAUAGUUAGGUGACAAUGCAAUAUUAUGGUACCAUCGAGCUGAUCUGAUGAUUGAGACAAGAGGUGGAUAUGAACUUUGUGAUAAAACAACGCAACCUAAUUGUGUUUGGGGUUUUUAGAAUUGGUUCGAUGAGUAUUAGUUGGCUGUAGAAAGAAAAGUACAGUCAGCGAUAAAAGCUUGUACCAAAAAUGAAAUUUUUGCCAAAAACUUAUUAUACUAUAAUAACUCAAAUACACACCUAAAAUUUUUGUAAAUAUUUUUAUUUAAUUUACACGACUACUGGUCGUAAUUAUGAGCGCAACUGAAAUAAGCGGUGGAGCUGCCGUACUUAAUUUAUCCGGAAGCGCUUAUGUGUGGUGACCUCAUUUAUCUUAUGUUGUUACUGCUAAGUUGAGGUGGUCUGUGUUACGUACAUGACGUGUAAUAUGCGACGCGUCUCCAGCUUCCUUCGCAGUAUAUCCUAAGAUUAAUUACAUUCAGAUUAGUCGUGCUUCGUAUUUGGCAGUUAAUAUAGAUUGAGCUGUCCGGCUCCGUACAUUAUCCGGUAACUAGUAAACACCUCUACUACAAUGAGUACACUUUGCUUAACGAAUGCAGCAUACAACGCAAGCGAUAUAUUACGCAGAGCCGGAGACGUGCAACAUACGGAUUCAGUGUGUGUAUUCCCCUUUGUCUCCGCCGGACACAAAUAGGAAUCGGUACAUUCAUAUGAAUUAUACCCAUUAUCCUCGCCUCAUCUAUAGCAGCCGUCGCGUAAGGCGGGUACAAAUAGGAAUACGCUAGUGGCCUGUCCUUAUGCCAUACAAACAAAUUUUGACGACCGACCUGGCCUAGUGGGUAGUGACCCUGCCUAUGAAGCCGAUGGUCCCGGGUUCAAAUCAUGGUAAGGGCAUUUAUUCGUGUGAUGAGCAUGGAUAUUUGUUCCUGAGUCAUGGGUGAUUCCUAUGUAUUUAAGCAUUUAUAAAUAUUUAUAUAUUAUAUAUAUCGUUGUCUAUGUACCCUCAACACAAGCCUUAUUGAACUUAGUCAAAUUUGUGUAAUAAUGUCCUAUAAUAUUUAUAUAAAAAAAAACUUUCUAUAUCAUUUCAAUGAUAUUUUAUAUUACUAGAUAGGUUAUACUCAUACAUAUAAGGAGCACAAAAAAUACUUCUAUACCUACGAAGAAAUAUUUAUCAUACUCAUUAAACAAAAGCUUGUCUCUUUCUCUUUCGGUGUACACGAGCACGUGCACAUUUCUCGCUUGCCUAGGUCCGACUAAAGGCAACUUGUACAGUCAGCGUCAAUAAGCGCUUCAAUUUUGAAUGCAAAUUGUGGGUUAUAUUAUAAUUGCAUCAAUCCCCGUUGCCGUCUUAAUGUUAUAAAAAAAAGGCUGCAAAAAUAUCUGACACGAUCUUACUUGCAGAGCCAUAAGCGCGUGUCGUAAGAGUCAGGAUGGCAGUGUACCUAAAUAAUAAUAAAAAAAUUACCAUAUUUUUGUACCUAAUUUGUAUUAUUUAAGAAAAAUUUACCUCACGGUACAUAAAGUUAUCACCAAAAACAGUAUACCCGCCAUUCUGACCGUCAGACGUAGUAUAAAAGAAUAAGCUUGUAAUUUGCAGUUUUAAUAAAUAUUCCGCGGGAUUGGCGGGAUCUUGCUCAGCACAAGGAGGAUUGGAAAGCGAGAGGCGAGGCCUUUCUCCAGUAUUGGGUCACACAAUUAAAAAAAAAUCCCUAUCAAGACCACCUUCGACUUGUUCUAUAUUGAAUGAAUAAGAUUGUCAAUAGGCAGGUCCACACAGAGCGGUCUUACGGGCGAGGAGAAGACGUUUUUUUUUCCUAGGUCAAUAGUUGUCAAAAUAGUUGAUGUAAACAAUGUCCAUCGGCAUUUAGUAGCAAUACUGUAACUUAGAUAUUAAGGUAUCUCAUGGUAUAAUUAAUAAAAGUCAUUAUUACA